CGUGCCGCGCUCCUUUUUCCCACUUUGUAAUUUCACUUUAGAAUCGUCGGGUCCUACGAGCAUUCUUCAACUUUUCUUAUUUUCAACGUCAACUCCGCCGGAGUUCGUAUAUUUUGCUGUCCAUCCUAAGAUUCUUCUUUUCAUCGAAAAAUUAUGAAGUUUUGCCUCCUUCUGAUGGCCCUUGUGGCCAGUGCAUUCGCCGCUGAAACACAUUCAAACAAAUUUGACAACGUCGAUAUCGAUAGCAUCCUCGGAAAUAAACGUAUACUCACGAAUUACAUCAAAUGUAUGCUGGAUGAGGGCAACUGCACUCCGGAUGGCCGAGAUUUUAAAAAACUUUUACCAGAAGUAUUGGGCAAUGGCUGCAACAAGUGCACCGAAAGACAGAAAAGUACGGCUGAGAAAGUGAUAAAACAUUUAAAAAGAGAACGAGCUGCAGACUGGAAUCGUUUGUUGAAAAAAUACGACCCUAAAGGAGAAUACGAGAAACGUUAUCAAGCUACUCUCAACGCAUAGACGACUUGGGGUGCCUUGAGUCAGCGUAAUUUGUUCAUUUUCUAAAGAUUCACACGUUCCGCCAUCAGAUGUUAAAAAUCGUCAGUGAAUUGAAAAUGACACUGUCAAAAGAAAUACUCGCGUUAUUUCGUUAUACUGUGUGUUUGUAUUCUUGUCGAUACGUUCAUCUUGCUUAUACAAUAACACCAGACACAGGAAUAAGUUCAUGAGCUACCGCACAUUGAAAAACAUUUUUUCGAAGCUGAAGUAUCGCUGUGAAAAUUGACACAACAAACAUCCGGGAGUGCGAUGAAUUAUUCGACUCGUCUCUUCUUCACUAAUGAUCCAAGCUGCAAUAGAAAUCAUAUUUUUCUUUCAUUGUAACGUAAAUGUUACUUCAAAAAAGGCUGUUAGUUUAAACAUUGAAACACGAAGUGAUCGUGGAAUAAACAUAAAAAUACAUCAAACAAAACGUCAA